AUGAGAUGGCUACUGGCUGUCGCACUGGCAUCUUGCACAAGGAGCGCGGAGUCGCGUGUGGGCGACUCUGAGCAUCGGCGGAGCGACUGCGCACAGCAUGUCUUCGAAGCCCCGCCGAAGCCCUCCAAGGACCCCAUGCAGCACAACGGCCAGGCACUGCGGGACACCUGCUUUGGGCAGAGUGCGUCCCAGCACGUCAUGGUCAUCGGUGAUUGGGGCGGCGUCCAAUACACGGAGGAGAUGCCCAUCCUGCCGGCGGACCACCGCUCCCACCUCUUCCCAAAACGGGUGCGCAGCUUCGUCAGCGGUGUUGAUGACUAUGCGCAGCAUCGGGUGGCGGCGCAGAUGCUGAACUUGUCGUUCUACGAUGCGCCAGACUACGUGAUCAACGUAGGAGACAACUUCUAUUGGGGAGGCGUGAACUCCUCCUGCAACAACAACUCCUUCGAGGAGGGUUUCAGGUGGAAUCAGUGGGGUCCUAUCUUCGAGAGAAUGUACGAAGGUGGAGGAUUGGAUGGAAAGCAGUGGUUGGGGAUUCUAGGCAAUCACGAUUAUGGAGGCUUUAAGUUCACGUCUGGGUGGCAUGAGAGCAUUUUCUACACCUGGGCGGUUGGACACGAGAGCACAGGACGGUGGAUGACACCUGCACAAUAUUGGCAGGUGAAAGUUCAUUACGUCAACUUCUCCAUCGACUAUUACUUUGUCGACACCAAUGUGAACAAUGCCUGGAAGCUGAAUGCCUCCGACCCCAAAGACGGGCAUAACAUCUGCAGCGAGAAGCACAACGAGAAGACGGCGGAGUGCUCUGUGACAGGACCCGUGAGUCGGGAAGCCUGCCAUAGCUGGUUUGAAAGCCUUUGGGAAGUGCAGAAGAGGUGGCUUGAUCAGCGUCUCUCCCUCUCCAAGGCUGACUGGCAGAUUGUGGUCUCCCAUUUUCCUCCUGAGUACAAUGCUGACUUUUGGACAGAGAUGGGCCACAGGUAUGGCAUUGACUUGAUCAUCUCUGGUCACAGACAUUAUCAGGAGGUGAUUGAAGUUGGAAAAAGCACCAAGACGGCGCCGCCCUUCUCCUUCACCACCAUCAUCUCUGGCGGUGGCGGUGGGAUCACGGCCGACCGCGUGCCACAGCUGGCAGGGGACGAUGAUGCCUAUGGCUUCAUGGACCUCUUCUUGAACAAGUCCAAGAUUCACAUUCGAGCCUUCUCCCACACCGGGCGACUGCGGCGCUCUGUAGCCAUCACGCCGGUUGCACCGCAGGCCACCAAGGAGUUCCUCUCCAUGUAUGCACGACAGGAAGCCGCUUGA